AAGAUGCGCGAUGGGGAGAAACUGAAAGGACAAUGGAGCGCGGAGGAAGACGGCCGCCUCGCGGACCUCGUCGCCAAGUACGGCACGCGUAGAUGGUCUCACAUCGCGCGUGCGCUCGAAAACCGCGUGGGCAAACAAUGCCGAGAGCGAUGGAAUAAUCACUUAGCGCCUGAUAUAAAACGUGGAUCGUGGAGCACGGAAGAAGAGGAUACUUUCAUCAGGGCGCACGGCGAGCUCGGAAACAAAUGGUCGGACAUCGCCAAGCUUCUCGAGGGCAGAACCGAAAAUAGCGUGAAGAAUCACUGGAACGCAACGAAGCGGCGCAAG